AUGGGUUUCAAGUUCUCGCACCUUUGCAGCCCUCCAAACGUCAACCCGAUCACCCUCAAGGCCCGGUCAAUACCUUUCUUCAACCCGGUGGACCUUUACGGGCGCGUUUUCUUUUUCUCCUGGUUCGGGUUUAUGAUUGCCUUUUGGGCCUGGUACACCUUUCCGCCUCUGGUGCGCCGUCUCGAGUCGUUGGAUGUGACCGAGGUUGCCAAUUCGAACAUUGUAUCCUUGUGCGCGACACUUCUUGUUCGUCUUAUCGCGGGCCCCCUGUGCGACCAGUUCGGCCCUCGCAAAGUCUUUGGCGGCCUGCUUCUCGUAGGGUCGAUCCCGCUUGGUCUAGCCCCCCUAGUACACAAUGCUACCGGCCUCUAUGUGAGCCGCUUCUUCAUCGGCAUCCUCGGGGGUUCCUUCAUUCCUUGCCAGGUUUGGUCAAUAGGCUUCUUCGACAAGAACAUCGUGGGAACCGCCAACGCCCUCACAGGCGGCUUCGGCAGCGCUGGCGGUGGCAUCACUUACUUCAUCAUGCCAGCGGUUUAUGACGGGCUGGUAGCUGCCGGGUAUAUACCUAGCCAAGCCUGGCGGCUGACCUUCAUCGUCCCGCUCGCCAUGGUCAUCACCACGGCCAUUGCUCUUAUCGUUCUCUGUCCGGACACCCCGACAGGCAAGUGGGCCGACCGUCAACGACACGCCCAACCCUACCUCGACGGCCAAAUAGACAACUACAACCAAGGCUCCCAGUCAGAGUACGACACCGCCACCACCUACGCCGAAAAGGCCAGCAUCAUCGUCGACAUUCCCGGCCUCAUAACCGACCGCCCCAUCACCCCCGACCCCAAACCCACCACCUCCCGCCCGCCAUCCCCCGACCACGACAGAACCUCGAUCAUCACCAUCACCCUCCACAUCGCCCUCAACAAACACAACGACCAACCCCCUUCCACCUUACGAGCUAUAACACCGGGCGAUUCCCAGCUAGUCCAAGUAGGGGGACUACUUACGGCCAUGACAGCGCUCUCUAGAGAUCCCACUUUACGGCCCCACCGGGCAGAGCAAAAAUAG